ACAGUAUUAAGUUGUGUGUCGUUCUGUUUGCUUGUCAGCUUUCGCGAUAAAAACUGUAAUUUUCUUAGCAAGUGUCAAAAUUGCCUAGUGAUUACACACUAAAUAUAUAUAUAAAUAUAUAUAUAUCCACCCAACUCACCCACCCGCAUUUAUUUUUUUGUAAAGUGCGCAAUUCUUUUGCGGUUAAACCUAAACCCUUAAAACAAAAAAAAUACCCAACGCACUUAUUUAAGAUGGCUUCCCCAGCACCAGCACUCAAGGAUUUGCCAAAGGUGGCCGAGAACCUGAAGAGCCAAUUGGAGGGUUUCAAUACGGAACAACUGAAGAAUGCCAGCACCCAGGAGAAGAUCAUUCUGCCCACCGCCGAGGAUGUGGCUGCCGAGAAGACCCAACAGUCGAUAUUCGAGGGUAUCACCGCAUUCGAUCAGAACAAUUUGAAGCAUACGGAGACCAAUGAGAAGAAUCCAUUGCCCGAUAAGGAAGCAAUUGAACAGGAGAAGGAGAAGAAUCAAUUUAUAGCCGGCAUUGAGAAUUUUGAUGCAAAGAAAUUGAAACACACUGAAACCAACGAGAAGAAUGUGCUGCCAACCAAGGAGGUCAUUGAGGCUGAGAAGAAGGCCUAAAUAGAAGACCGAAGAGCGAAGAGCGAAUUGAGAAUUAUUUGCUAACUACGACAACGCAUAGUCGCAUCUCUCUCACACACACACAACAACACACACUCACUCAUUCUUUUUUCCCCACUUGAUUUUUUUAAAUUCUUUUAUUACUUUUUUUUUUUGUUUUUUUUUUAUUGUAUUCAUGAUCGUACAGACAACAAACAAGUAAUAGGAGAAGUUGCCAGCUAAUUCAACAAAAGCGUUCCACAGCAACAACAAUAAUAAAGAAAAAACAACAACAACAACAACAACUUGCAAUGAAAUUCAAAUUUCAAUGUUGUUGUUUAGCAAUAAAAGUAAAUUAAAAAAACGCAUUCCUACUGUAAACAAACUCACAUUGCAAAUCAAAUCUUUUUAAUUACAAAUAAAUAUUAAAAAUAAAAAAAAAACAAAUGAAACACACUCAACACACACACACACUUACAUACUUACUUUUUAAAUCUUCUAUGUACUUUUUAAAAGACACAACGCAUGAAACGUUUAAAACAACAACAAAAAGUAAAAAGACAAAAAAAAAACAA